CUUGUGUAUUAGCAGAGUUAUUGUUUUUUUGCGCCACGAGAGUGUCAUCAUUGACAGACAUUGCGCACUAGAACUGAUCAACAUUAUUCAUUAUUAUUAUGAUGGUUCAAACGCACCAACCGUUGACAAAGUGGCGUAUGGCCUAGUUCACAUAAAUUAUACCAAGGUCAGGGGCGUGUCUUUGAAGCGAGUCACGGCGAGACGUUGGUAGAUCGGGCAGCAGUGUUCCCUCGUGUACAUUCACGACUGUGUGGUGUUGCUGAAGUAGCUGAUUUAUCAACAAGAAUAAGAUUGCAGCUUCCCGGAGAAUGAUGGAGAUGAAACAAGUUCUUUGUUUGAGAUGGGUCCUUGCGGUGUGUCUUCUCUCACUGUGCUGGGCUCUUCAAGGCAACGAGAAGACAAGCUUUGCUUUAUAUAACGACCAAGUCCGGGGAAGUCUUCACCGUGAAACAAGGGAGGUUCAUGGGGAGAAAGUGCGCGUUGUACGGCAGGCCUCUGGGGUGAAGACGUACACAGAUGAUGAGCAGAAGUCUUUACUAGAUGCUCAUUUGGAAUAUAGAAGGAGCGUGAGCCCUGGUGCUGCAGAUAUGAACAAAAUAGGAUGGAAUCUAGAGCUUGCUAACCUAGCGAAGGGCUGGGCCGAGAGGUGUCAAUUCGAACAUGGGCACCCCUCGACACCCCAAUCAUUCAAUGGAGCGAUAGCUCAGAAUAUAUGGCAGGGGAGUAACUCUUAUAGUUUGACGAGAGCUGUUGAAGCAUGGUACGAGGAGACCGAAGAUUAUGAUUACGGUUCAGCGUCUUGUGCUUCGGGUAAAGAGUGUGGUCACUACAGAGUGAUGGUGUUCGGAAACUUACAAGAAAUAGGAUGUGGCACAGCAGUUUGUGGAGAAAACACCUUAACAGUUUGCAACUAUGGACCCAGUGUAUCCCCAAAUGGAGUGCCAUACAAAGCUGGCCCGCCAUGUGCACGGUGUUCAUCGGGUCAAGGGUGGUGUGAUGACAAACUAUGCAAUCAAGACUGUUCGAGUGGAGGAGAAGGAUGUGAGUGUAAAUUGAAGUGCCGUAACUGUGGUGUUCUUGACAGUUCCUCGUGUCAAUGUGACUGCAAGGCUAGUUGGGGAGGUACAGACUGCUUUGAAAAAUGUGCUGAUGGGAAAUCCUACUGCAGUUAUUAUACUAAAGAGUCUUGUAUGGGUGACGUCGCAGCAAUGAUGGACUGCCCAGCCAAAUGUGAACUUUGUGCCACGCUAGAAGGAAACACACCGGCUGCAGACAAGUGCUGUGAUGGUAAACAGUGUGGAGAGAAUGAAGUUCUAGAUGAACAAGCUUGUACCUGUGUGAAGUAUCUGGAACAAGGCGGCAAUGCAGCUUCACCUGUCGUCACAGCCAACUUGAUUAGUCUCAUGGUUUUGGUGUCAUCCCUCGUGAUCACAUUCUACUCACGCUGAUUGGCUGACACCUCGCCAAGCAGCGGUGCUGAUUGGCUGACACCUCGACCAGCAGCGGUAUUUUAUGCAUGCAUUUUCAACUGGUUAGGCUAGGUCUACCCUAGCCUCGUUUUUCUCUCAAGAAAAAGUUCUCAUGCGUUCCAAGCAAUCCGAAGAAUCCCCAUUUGAUUUUGUGCCGGGGGGGGGGGGGUAAAUGAGUGCCACGUCUGCAGUCAUGAACACAAGUCGGUUUGUCUUCUUGUUUGUGAUUGGACGGGCAUGAGUAUCCCGCUCAUCUUAUUGGCUGAAGUUAGUUACGCUGAUUACUGAUUGACUAAGCAUGUAUACUGCCGUUUGAACUUCAGUUGUAUGGCAAUAUUACAUUGAUAAACUGUAACGGUCGUCUUACAAUUCAUUAGCCUUAGUUUAUUCUUAACACUAUUGCAGAAACAAACUUCAAAGACUACGCCUAUACAUGUAUAGUGUGCCUUGUUUGGCCUAGUGGUACUUCGGCUUAUAGGAUCAGUCACAUCCAUUGACUGCAAGACUCACGGCAUGUUAUACUGAAAUAUUUCCAUUUUCCCCUCCCGUCUGUUUUUAUUAGCAAUUUUUUAAUUUUGUCAUUUAUCAUUGUGGACUUUUUACAAGUUAAUGUUAGGCUCUUGUCUGUAGUAAAAGCCUUUAGAUUAACUAAUAUUUUCAGUGCGAAAACGAACAUUAUUACAGUGUUUGCAAUUCAACUUGUUAGACCCUAAUGUAUUUUAAAAAGAAUAUAAAAUUGCAAGCAAGCUUAGAUGUCGCAAUAUUGCAUGAAACUGAGUGUACUUAAAUUAUGGUUUACUUUAUGGAUGGAAGACCUCUGAUAAGUUCUUUUCCUGCGGAAAAAAUAGAAACGAAAGAGAACUAUAGAAGGAAGCGAGUAUCGAGAACAAAGGGUACAUGGAAGAAAUAAAACGAAAUGAAUAUUCAAAAUGAAUAAUUUUACGGGAUAAUUUAUUCGAAACAGAUACCGAGUGACUGUUGCAAAAAUAACAAUUUUCGUCAUUGUUUUUUAUCAAUAGCAAAAUUUAAGAAAUUGUUUAACAAUAGUCUAAUUAUUAAAGUACUUUUCAUAGGCCAAACUAUUUCUGACCUUUCAAAGAAAGGAAUUUUAAUCAAAAAGCCAACCAAUAAUUACAGAACAGUACUUAUAGGCUAUUCAUAAAACAUAAACAGUUCUGAACUGUCAGUUCAACAUGUUAUAACAGGCUGCACAAUCAUUCUUUUAUUAAAAUUACUUCUUAAAAAGUAUGUCACAUUAUGAAAGUACUUUAUAGACUAAAUAGUUUCUCCGUUCUUUCCAAUAAAGGUAUUUAAUCAAAAGCCAACCAAUAUUUACAGUACAGUACUAAUAUUCAUAAAAACAUAAACAAUACCAAUGUUACCAAUAUUUACUUUGAAAUACUUUGAUUGGUUACAAUCUAGCCCGUAAGAUUUCUUAUCGGUUUUAAAAAAGGGAAUUCCAAUUUUAUAUAGAAUUUAUUAAACUUGUAAAACAUUAAUGAAUCAUAUACAUACACCAAUUCAGUUUGAUGAACUUUUGCAAAAGGAAUGAUUAGAAUAAAAGUGAAUAGAUUAA